AUGCCUGAUAGGACGGGGUACAGUCAACUACAGACCGCGCGAGUGAGAGUGUGCUUCCUUCGUUGUUGUCCCGUCAGAAACGUCGAAGAGGGAAGAAAAAAAAGUUUUCAUUUCAUUCCCUAGACUGCAUUCAACAAGGUAUACCCCAUCAUCACUCCUGCCAAUCCGAAAUUUUUUCCUGGCGGUUUAGUUUUCCUCAAAUCACCAAGGACAAACGUUGUCGGUCUGCGGGAGCAGGAAAGUCUUUCCCUGUGUGCUUUACUAUUAUUAUGGUUAACAUCAUGCUUGUGCGAGCUAUUUUUAAACCUGAGGCUUUUGAAGCGCCCUCGAACUGAAUGGGGUUAGGAAAUAGAAUGAAAUGCAAGUGACUUUCUGAUCUUCUGGGAAAUGAAAUCUAGUUGGUGAUGAACGUUUGAUUAAUGUGCUAGGUCUGUGAUUCCAUGUAGCAUACAGAGUACAUAUACAAGUUGAAAUGUCAAAAGUAAAUUCUUAAAAUACUGUGAAAAGCUCCUCUAGUGUAUAUGUGUAGAAACAAAGAAAUAUCCCGUUCAUCGCGCUGAGAGAAAAAUGAACAAGCAGUGAUAUCAUUGAUAACUAGUGGCAAACAUCCGAGUCGACUGUACCUAGAAUAAAACUUCGAUUCAAAUCAUUAUGAAUCAUUUAAAGUGACGACUUGAUCUACAAAUUUCUACCGUAUUAGAAGUUGAUUUUUCCGUAUUUCGAUUGUCUUGCAGUUUCUUCCGACCAAGAAAAGCGUCUUAACAAGUGAUAAUCGAUUUUUCAGUAAACGAACGUUAACGCUUAUAGAAAUCAUUCGCAGGCUUCAUCAACAUUGUCGUCGUCGUGGUCGUUCCGCAGAAUAAUGGCGCGAUAAGAAGUGGAAAAACAAAAAAAGCUUAAAACUAACCAAGCAGACAGCCAGCGACCAUUUGGCUCCACCACCCACAGAACACACAGUCACCACCCCCCUUGAACAGUGGGGUGGCGUAUCGCAACAACAUUCGUAAAAUGCGCGUAAAACCAAGCAGGAAAAUUGCCUCGUAUCACCAUUGCCAUAGCAGUUGUCUUAUCAAACCAAACCGCAGCAACUUCAUCAAUCGAUAUGAUCAAAACGGGGGCACAGGCUGCGUUGGGACACGGUUCGCACAAUCACUGUCAUGACCAGCAGGCAAUGUCCUAUCAGCAGCACAAGCGGCGUAAGAUGAGCCUGCUGGCGCUCAAGUUCAACCGGAGGCGAUGCUAUCUCUGCCUCAAGGUGCUACUGCUGUUCGUGGUGUUUGGUCUGUACUUUGUGCUGCUGCUGCGGGAAUCGAUGACGGCGUUUGCAACCAAUCGGAACAAAAAUGGCGGGAAAAGCGAAGUGCAACACAAACCACCAACUAACGGCAAACAAAUACGUGCGGGCAGAACCAGCAAUCUAGUCAAGCAUCGCCAAAGCAACCGGCAACAGCAGGUGGCAGCUCCGAAGUCUUCCAAGGACCAGCUACCACUGGCCAACCAUUCAACGCUGAACCCGGUCUACGAGUACUCGGAGGAAAUGAACGCCGCUGCCGAGGCGGACUUCAACGAGCGCCGUACGUUGCUGUGGAAUGUCUGCGCCGAGCACCGAAUUAUCGGCAAGUACGCCCCGAACGCUUGGGAGUUCUUUAUCUCACCCGGACAUGGUAUAGCGUGGUGCAGCAUUUUCAAGGCAGCAAGCAGUACGUGGAUGUACUAUUUCAAUCUGUUGGGGGGAUACGAUACGCAUUUUCUACAACGGACGAGAGCAUCCCCGAUAGACCUUGCACGCAGGCGGUUUCCUCGUCCACAUACCUCCGAGUUGAACGAACACUUGUCAAAUACGAUAUCGUUUCUGAUAGUGCGGGAACCCUUCGAACGAUUGGUUUCCGCUUACAGGGAUAAAUUGGAAGGGUCCCGUAAUAGAUACUACAAAUUGCUGGGCGAGCAAAUUAUAAUAAAAUUUCGAAAAAAGAAAAAUGAGGAUAGGUUCAUGCAGAAACAACCCAAAGGACCAACAUUCCGCGAGUUUCUCGAGUUUUUGGUAAGCCACUACAAGAGUGGUGGUCGGUUUGACGAACACUGGAGCCCGAUUUAUUCCUUCUGUACACCAUGCAGCAUAAAUUUCACUUUGAUAGCCAAAGUGGAGAGUUUUCAAAGGGACAGUGAAUACAUCAUCCGUCAGGCCGGGUUAGAGACGCUACUACUCAACAAACUCCCGCAAAGCAAGGCACGGGCUAUCGCAAAUCGUGCUGCAAGUAAUACAAAGACUCUUGUGGAAAGAUACUUUUCCGAAAUCGAUGUGCGACUGCUGACUGAUGUACUCGAAAUAUAUCAGCUCGAUUUCGAAAUGUUCGGCUACAAUAGUACGAAGUACUACAGUUAUGUUCAGGAAUCUACAGACGAAAAUCCACAGAGUUAGAUGUCGCAGCAAACAUGCUAAUCUCUUAUUGAAACCAAACAUGGGUACAAUUGUAAACAGCAAAAAGAGGGAAAUCUACCCACAUUUUAUACAAACAAGACUUAAUGCUAUAGGAUAGUGAGACAAACAACAAUGUAAAACACACAUACAUCCUGUUCCAUGUUCAAUUUUUUCUGGAAAUGUGUCGUUAGAGUAGCAUAUACACAAUUACAAAUAUUUUCGAGGAAUAGAAAACGAAAACAAUGGAAAAAGUUAACGGUUAUUUUCGUAGGUUAGUUUCACAAAGUAUGUUAGUAAAUUAUUCAAUAUAAUCAAGUAAGUGUCGACAGAAAAAUGUUCAAGACAAUGCAAUACCGAAAAUUUAACACAGCUAUACAAAGGACUAAUCCCACCACGUUUCAAAACAGCCAUAAAACACACCCUAGAAGCAUAACAGACAGUGUAAGAAAUGUAUGGCCAUUCUACUAAUUUGAUGUGACCGAUAUUUUACGUAUAUGUCUCGUAAGUAAUUUGCAUACCAAACAAUUAUCUGGCUCAAAUUAGUAGCGUUACGCGGUGCCGAAUUCCCAAUAGAACAAUAACUUCAACAUAUGCACCAACAGUAGAUCCACUAUCCUUGAACAUUUUUGAAUAAUUGGAACGCGUGUAUAUUUUUCCCCAAUCUGUAAAAAAACCAGAAUGAUCCGUUAUAAGCUUAGGUGAAAGUGUUCUAAAGCUCGUUCCCAGCAGCGAUCCAUGUGGAUGAAGUGCCAAAUAUGUCGUUUAAAAAUUAUCGUCUUCGCUGACCAUUUUGUUAAGUCUACCGAAAGGUGCUAUACAUGUCUUUCUGAACUGACCUACACUACCUACACAACAACAUACACAAAUACACCGAUACACAAAACAAUACCGUUAUCUGGCGGGGAUCGACAUUAUAAAUAGACAUAGACAGACAUCUUGAAAAUACUCUAAACUAGAUGUUGUAUUACCAAUGAGAUCCACAAAACCCAGCACCAAACAAAAAAAAACAAGUGAAAACUACAAAUCAAGUUGAUAUUUAAAAGUAAAACCCAAAGUAGUAGGAAACGAACGAACUGCUCGAAAUAGUUAUACACUAGCGUUUGUCUCACCACGAGUCUAUGUUUAGAACGAGAGAACUGUUUCGAAGAUUUAUUUUUAUAGUAAUAUUUGAAAGAAAAGAAAACCUUCAACGAUGUGGGAUGUUCAAACCGAUUCUAAAUAUUUGACUACAAACUUUUUUUCCGUUUUAAAAGUGAUCUAAAGCGAAAGUUAUAGUAUUUUUUGAAACCGCACUAUAUUAGAAAAGCUUUUAUUCUAAAAAAUAAAGAUAAAACAAAUUAUUGUACUAAUAAAUGUCGUUGUCAACUAUGUACCUUCUAUUUACAAAAAAAAACAGGAACGCAUAGAUACAUUCUACCAAGAGAGGUUGAAAAUGAUUAUUCCAGAAGAUUCUUACAGUUGUGAGGGGCUCUCAAAAAGUACAUACCGCCGCUAUAAGAAUCUUCGGGGACGCCAUCGUAACCCUCCCUUGUAAGUUUUAUAUGCACAAUUCCGAGUAAAAUGCCGUUAUCAGUUUUACAUUCACCGUUUAAGUUGCUUCACAAUACGUUAAGCAGGAAAACAUGUAGCUCAGAAAGCUAUAUCACAAGCAAAAGAAACCCGAUACAACGUAUAAGAGAUAUAUGCAGUAGUAUUCCAGGCACGAAAACAGACUGAUUCAAUAAAAAGGCAAACAUCUUGCGGUAGUGACGUUCAAACGGAA